AUGACUGUCACCACUCCCACCCCCAAGCACACAUUCAACGAGCGCGCCGCCGCCAACAACUUCAACGAUGCGCAGAUCCUCAACUCGAACAACCCUGCUGGCAGUGACAUCCCCGAGGAGUCGGAUGUCGUCGUGGCCGGCGGUGGUAUUCACGGUCUCAUCUACGCCAUCCAUGCCGCCAAGUCCAAGCCUGACAACCUCAAGAUCUCCCUGAUCGAGAAGGGCACCAAGCCCGGGUACAAGAUCGGCGAGAGCACACUCCCCCUGUUCUCGUUAUGGUGCAAGAUGCACGGCCUCACCGGCGAGUAUCUGCUGCGUCUGUUCGGCCUCAAGGACGGCCUGUGCUUCUACUUCCUCGACCGCGAGAACCAGGGUCAAUACACCGAUUUCUGCAGCAACGGCACUCCCGGUCUCUUCCUGAGCGGGUACCAGGUCGAGCGGCCCAUCAGUGAGCUCCUUUUCACGCUGCUGGCUCAGCGCAACGGUGUCAACGUCUUCCACGGUCGCCAGGUCGACUUCAACGCGAGCACCAUCCAGGGUGGUGUGAAGGGUAACAAGAUCGCCAUCAACCCCGGCAAGUUCGACGGCAAGCCCGCCACGACGAUUGACUCGUCGCUCCUGGUGGAUGCCACCGGUCGCUUCCGCCAGCUGGCGUCCAAGAAGGCUUCGCUGCAGCGCUUCGAGGGCUGGAACUACGAUGCUUUCUGGGGUUACUUCACUGCGCCCCAGGACGAGAGCAAGAUCCCCAUGCGCUUCUACGAGGGCGACCACACCAACCACUUGUGCUUCCCCGAGGGCUGGGCCUGGGUGAUCCGUCUGCCAUCGUGGGAGGGCUCUGAGACCGCCAACCUCAUGGACAUGAUCACAUACCUGCUGGACUGCGCCGAGGCCGGCGUUCCCGGUGACCAGAUCCCCAGCUCCGAGGAGCUGGCCAAGAUGUUCGACCUCAAGUUCCGCUGGACCACCAGCAUCGGGUUCGCCGUCCGCAACGACGUCAAGUACCCCGAGGACAUGUCCGCCUACGGUACCCGCGAGGCGGAGCGCAAGUUCAACUACUUCGUCCAGAAGUACGACCUCAUCAAGGAGUUCAUGACCAACUUCGAGCUCAUCGAGGACCUCUACGGCCCCGGCACCACCUGGUACAUCCGGAAGUCGCUCACCUACCAGUCGCCCGUCGUGUCCGGACCCGGCUGGCUCGCCGUCGGCGACGCCUGCGGCUUCACCAACCCGCUGCACUCCCCCGGCAUCACGGCCGCCAUGUCCACCUCGACAUACGCCGCCGAGCUCACCCACAAGGCCCUCGAGGAGGCCAAGCAGGCCGCCGACCGCGAUGCCGCCGAGCUCGCCAUCCGCAAGACCCUCGCCCCCUACGACGACUUCGCCAAGCGCCUCAUCCCCGCGCUCAACCAGAUGAACCGCUUCAACUACGUCUGCUUCCGCGACCCCCGCCUCGGCCCCCAGGUGUCCUGCCUGUGGCAGUUCUUCGCCGGGAUCGGCAUUCCCGGCUGGCAGCUGAUCCGUCAGGACUACAACCUGAACUACGACACCUACGUGCCGCACUCGAUCAACUGGGCCUGGGGAGCGAUGGUGCCCGAGUACGACGCGGUGGCGCGCAAGGCCAUCGAGCUGAUCGCCCCGAUCCCGCUGGAGGAGUCGGUGCCCGACGCCACCGUCCGCGAGGUCAUCGAGUUCUCCAACGCCAUCAAGCGGGUCGCCGUCGACUCCAACCGCUUCAACUUCCGCUGGGACGGCCUGCUCCGCUACUACGAUCUCUUCCUCAACUACAACGAGGAGAAGAACUGGAAGGAUGUCUUCUCGCGCCAGUGCAAGGGCUGCGGCGCCUGGCUCGUCUGCCGCCCGGACUGGCUCAAGUGCUACAGCUGUGGUAAGGUCCGCACGGCCGAGGAGGCCGCUGUCACCUGGAACCCCCCUCUGGCUGUCGACGAGGUCAAGGCGCUGGUGCGUGCCUCGGAUGCGAAGCCUGCGGCUCGGGCUGCCCAGGAGGUGGCUGUAUAA